AGUCUGUCCAGAAGGCUGCCGGUACAGGCAAGAGAAAGCAGAUCAACUUUCUCCCCGUUGCCCCUAGCUGUGCGCCAACCUGAGUCCCACCAUCACCUGCCCUUGCCAUCCAUUCCCCCUGUCCGCUACCAUCACAGCACCGCCAUCGAAGUGUCGUUCGCAUGACACGGACAUCUUCAGCGCUAUACACAUGUCCAUAACCCAGAUUAUCAAGACGAACUCCAACCAUUGUUCCUCUAUAACUUCAUGUCUCCAAGGCACCAGGGAGUGGUCGUCGUGGUGGCGCCCGUUCAUUGCUGUUGAGAUGGGACGUCAUAGUGAGAUGGCACUGAUGCUGCACUGCUGGCGGGAUCUGGCAAAAGCGGGUCGUGCGGUGAGGCUCGCAAAUCGGCCCGCCUCUUCCAUCCAGGUUCAACCGCUGCUGUUCUGCCCGGCCAAAACCGUCCUCAUCCACGAUUUCCGCAACUCUGCAGUGGUGCCGCCUUCUAGCACAACUUUGGUGGGGUUUCGCACGCAGACGGCCCAUCCAUCGUCAUCUUCCAGACAGCAGCCGUGGAUGGUGAGAGAACGACCCGAAAUCGUUUGCACAGCCGAACCACAUCCGCGUCUCGUGUUUCUGAGCCAUUUCCCAGCAAUAGAUCCGCCGCCGGUAAGGCGCGCUCAAGUGACUUGUCAUAAUGUCCGAACAGAGGGGGGCGCGACCGGGGAACGAUUCCUAGGUGACCCUCGAAUGCAAUUUUGCAUCAAGACCGCAGAAGAGGCUCAAUUUGAGUCUUGCCCGGGGAAAAGACUUGACUCACGCAGAACCUUGCGAUGCUUUGAAAAAUUAUCAGCUCAGGUGGUCAGCCGCUUGAGAGAACUUGGCUGGGGCAGCCUGCACCGUAAUCGGUUGAUCACCCUUGGAGCGCGGUUCAAGUCUCGCUCUCAACCGGAUCCGCACAGCAGAACCACGCGCCAUGACGGUCCAGAAGCUUUUGCAAUCUCCACAACCAUCAAGUCUCAGCUCUGAGG